AUGGCUUGGUGUACCGGGCCGUUGACACCAAAAGUCCCAAAUGCCGAUUAUGAACCUACCUCAAUUCGGAUAGUCCAUCUGGAAGAGUCGCACUGCCCAGCCUGCGGUAUCAUUCGAUUGCAGACAAUCAGUCUAUCGAUGCCAGGUGAUGUCCAAUGGCGACCUUCCUUUCGGAUCCGGGCAAGAUGGGAACGAGAGGUCGGCAAUUGGAGAAUUCAGACAAUUACGCUUGUGAUUGGAUGUUUUGGGGGGAAACUGGAGGAGAGGCAGCUUUUGUGGGUUCCUCAACCUUGUCUUGUGUAA